AUGCGGAAUUCAUCACUGGCACCUUUUCCUACCUCUCGCAGCUUUCCAGAUGUUAGUGACAUAUUUCCCCUUCCUUUCCGCAUACCGGGAUACGGUCUGCCCUACAGUGGCAAUGGCAACUCUAUCCUGUGGCUAUUACAAGCAUUGGAUGGGGGUGAGUGUUGGCGUUGGGGGGUUGUGGCGGGGGGAGGGGAUGGAAACGAGUUUGCUAGACUCAAUAUAAUUUUUCAAAAAAAAAAAAUUGGGGUUUAAAUUAGUUUUCUGCUCCGCUGCGUCUAUCUGUACAGCUGGCCAUCCAUCCAUCCAUCGCCUGGCGAAUGGCAACGAAACGAAGGGAUACCCACAUGAACCCACCUGCGAAGAAGCUGCAGCCUUCGAUUUGCUAGGAGGCAACACGCACGCCUAGGCGGCCUGUCAGAGGGAGAUACUCGAGUAGAAGGAUUCUUUUGAGGAAAAAAUUGAUAGAAAAAAGAACAGAGAGAGGGGUUUAGGCGGGGGUGAGGAAGGUGCUGCGACAACGCAGAACCGCUUUCCCAUCCACCAUCCUUUUUUUUUUUCCCCCCCUUCCUCCUCCAUCAUUUUUUUUUUCCUGCUCUCCCCAGAUAUCCUCUUCCCCACAGGCCACCGAUAGAGCAAGCUCCCACCCACACAGUUGGAG